GUUGUUUGUGUCCCUGAAUCUGUGUGAACAUAAAAUGGCAGAAGGCAGUUUUUCUCAGGAUCAGUUCAGCUGUUUAUUGUGUCAGGACAUACUGAAGGAUCCACUGACCUUUCCUUGUGGACACAGUUACUGUAAGAGCUGUAUUACACAUUGCUGGAAUGGUGAGACGAAAGGCUUCAUCUGCUCUAGCUGUACCACCACUCCAAGACCUGCUUUGGAUGUGGACUGUGAUGUCUGUCCUGGUAGAAAAGACAAAGCUGUCAAGUCCUGCAUGGAGUGUCUGAAGUCUUUCUGUCAAAAUCACCUUAAACAACAUGAAAGUAUUUUCAAAACAAACAAGCACAAUCUGAUGGAUCCAAACGGACGACUCAAUGAGAUGAUCUGCCCAAAACAUAAAAAACCUCUGGAAAUCUUCUGCCGUACCGACCAGCAAUGUAUUUGUUAUCCGUGUACAGUGGAAGGACAUAAAAAUCAUGAAUUUGUAAAAGUUGAUGAAGAGAGGACUGAAAGACAGUGGCAUUUAAGAGGGACACAAAGGAAUUUCCAGCAGAGAAUUCAGGAAAGAGAGAAGGAGCUUCAGGAGGUGAAAGAGGCGGUGGAGUCUUAUAAGUGCUCUGCACAGACAGCGGUGAAAAGCUUUGAGAGAACCUCUACUGAGCUGAUUCAAUUAAUUAAAAAAACCCGCUCAGAAGUGACAAAGCUGAUCAGAGAGCAGGAAAGGGCUGUAAUGAGUCAAGCUGACGGAUUCUUAAAGGAACUGGAGCAGGAGAUUGAUGAUCUGAGGAAGAGAAACGCUGAACUAGAGAAGCUUUCUUGCACAGAGGAUCUCAUUAGUUUCCUGCAGAGUUUCCAGUCAGUCUCUGAAGCUCCUGAAUCUACAGUCUCACACAACAUCACUGUCAGCCCUCUGCUCUCUUUUGAUGAUGUGAAAAAAUCUCUCACUCAAAUGAAAGAAAAACUGGAGAAUACCUGCAAAGAAGAGAUAGAAAAGAUAUCUGAUAAAGUUACAUACAUCACAUUUAUUCGCACCAAUAAACCAAAGGCCAGGAGUGAGUUUUUACAAUAUUAUAGUGCGUUCACAUUGGAUUCAAACACAGUGAAUUCUAAUCUCCAUCUGUCUGAUGGGAAUAGUGUGGCUAUUGACACCGAUACAAACCAACACUAUCCUGAUCAUCCAGAGAGAUUUGAUUACUGUCCUCAGGUGUUGUGCAAAGAGAGUGUGAGUGGACGCUGUUACUUCGAGGUUGAGUGGAGGGGGAAUGCUGGUGUUUAUAUAUCAGUGGCAUAUAAGACUAUCAGCAGGAAGAGUGAUGAAGAAGAAAGUUUAUUUGGACAUAAUAAUCAGUCCUGGGGUGUGUACUGCCAUCCCUCCGGUUCUUACACCCCUUCAUCCAUCCAUCAAUUCUCUAUACUGGAAAAUAGAGCGGCCAGUGUAAAUGUUGUAUACCAUCAUGGAGUUCAGGCUGUAGUCAGGCAAACACCAUUGACAGGGAUGCAGUUCAAAACUGUGGCUAAGAGUAAAACGACUAAUCUCCCUGUGUCCUCCAACUGCCCUAGAAUAGGAGUGUUUGUGGAUCACAGAGCAGGAACGCUAUCCUUUUACAGCGUCUCUGAGACAAUGACUCUCUUCCACAGAGUUCAAACCACAUUCACUCAACCUCUCUAUCCCGGGUUUACUGUAAAAAAAGAAUCGGCAAUGAAGUUGUGUCAUCUCACAAAACUUGUCAUAUAGACCCCUUCGCAAUUUAUAAACAUUGGUCCAGAAGCACUUCUGGCAUAUACAAUAUAUUAAAAUAUUUUUAAUAUCUCUUAAAAAUAUUUUAUGCAACUUGCUAGGAAGUCUGGACCACCGCUGUUAACAUCAUCCAAAGUGGUCUAUAGGGAUUUUACAAAUAAUACUAAUGUGUUCAGGGUCAUAGUUACAGAUUAGAAAUUGUGGAGCAUUGUAAAGUAACAUAGGGUUCAUUUACAGUUUUGAGUUUAUUAGAUUUUUCUCAGAUUUGUAUAUUUGUUUUGAGCAGAAAUGAUGCAACAUGACAUAUAUAAACACAGUUGUUAUACUAGUAUUUUAUUGUUUAAUUAUAGCUGUGUCAGAUAUAGAGGGUAUUUUCCAACUUGAACACGUCGGGACACGCCCUGGGACACGCUCUCCUGGGCGGCAAACAAUAAAACACCCUGCGAAAUGGCUGAGGGGAAUAGGAGAAACAAUGAAACCGGGACUAAAACAUGCAAUUAUUCGCUGAAAUUACAAGCAGCUGGACACGACAGUGAUCAUUACAACAUACAAAGGAAUCAGGUGUUCCUGGACGCUGACAAGUUGCACGGAAUUGUGAUUCCUGAUGCUGUAAGCAGUCAGAGUGUUUUGCCACCCACAGAGGCGCGUUCCGGCGUGCUCACGUGGUAAAGUGAUGACACGUCCAUACCCUCUAUAGUGGGAUAUUGAUUAAAAGUUUGGGGGAGUAUUUGCCUACAUUAUAAUUAUUCAGGUCAAUUUUAAUGGCUCACAGUAAAUUUUCUGUAAAGAAUAUAUGGACAAACAAUAUGUCAAAUGAAAGAACAGAGUCUCAGCUUUUAAACAACAUAAACUGUAUUCUUCUAUCUUCAUUUGUUCGUUUUAUAUCACUCCGUAGAUGUGGGUAGGUUUCUUCAAAAAUACAUAAUUUUGAUUAAACAGCUGAGAUAAUUAACGGUUUUUUUGUCAAAGAUUCCGCCCAGAUUACACUCAGAACAAUCAAUAAAAGCCGCUAAAACAUAUAUGUUCUAGGUUCUGGGAUUCUGUACUUUUUCCCCAAAGGUGUGUAAUAGCGCCAUCUGCUGUACAACAGUACAAACACUGAUUGCCGUAAUCACUCGUCUUUUUCGGGGAAGCGUUUUUUUUAAUUGACGAGAUAACUCGUCAUUGGCGGUGAAAGAGUUAAGGGUUUUCACGCAAAUAUAAAUUGUAUGUAAAGAUAUAUAACGGAAUGAUGUCUGUUUAAUCCUAUUGCUUGAGUUGUAACCAUGGCUGCUGUCAACAUAUGUUACGAUUUUUGUUUUUGUUUUGAUGCCUUUACAUUUUUUAUUCUGUUUUAGGUUUUUAAAAACAGAAGGUUCAAUUAAACGCUUAAACUGUUGGUGUUAUGUUAUUGUUAAUAAUUUGACUCAUGAUCUGAUUGUAUUUUUACAUCCCUAUUAUAGUUACUAUAGUUACUCCCUAGCACAAUUUUACACAACAAAACAUGCAUGUAAUCACAAAAUGUAUUUACUGUGUAUGAUUGAGUUUUGAUCUGGCACUCUUUUAACUCAUCUCACCUCACAAAUAGUCAUAUUUUGCAUUCCUCGGUUUAAAUCAAGAUGCAUAAGGAAACGAACUAAACUCCAUAUGCAAACCUGCAAUGAUCACUGUACUGCAACAUCUUUAAAGCACAGAUUUUUGUUUUAAUGCAAUAAUAAUGAAAUUUUUUGUAUCUCAGUCCUGUAUUGUAAGUCCUCUGCUCUCAUUGAUGAUGUUAGAAAAUCUGUCUCUCAACUAAAAGAAAAACUGGAGGAUUACUUUACAGAGAAAAAAGAAAAGAUGUCUGGUCGAGUGGCAGAUAUUGUCUCAGAAAUCUCUUUUGAAAUUUGUAAAGUGAAACACAAAGCAUAUAUAAGCAUAUUAAAAUAUCCCUGCAGGGCUAAAGGCACACUUUCAGAAAAAUAUUGCUUUUCACUAUACACCUGUAUUAUAUGACUGCAGAAAAAUACAUAUUUGUUUGUAUCAAACAUUUAUGAAGCAACAGAUUUUGUGUGAAAAUAAAUCAUAAGUGGU